AUGGGGACGGGGAAUACAACUUCACCAACAGAAUUUGUUCUGCUGGGACUCCCGAACAGGACCAAAGUCCACACCUGCUUCCUGGCCAUGAUUUUACUUGCCUUCCUUACUGCUGUGUUUGGGAACUCUCUCCUCAUGUUCCUAAUCCAGGUGGAUUCCUCCCUUCACACCCCCAUGUACUUUUUCCUCAGUCAAUUGGCCUUCAUGGAUAUAUGUCAGAGCCUCACCAUUGUCCCCAAAAUGUCAGUGGACUUUCUCAACCCAGGCACCCCCAUUUCUCCAGCUGGCUGUGGGGCUCAGAUUUUCCUUGUGCUGACCAUGGGUGCAGCAGAGUGCCUCCUCCUGGCAGCCAUGUCUUAUGACAGGUAUGUAGCAAUUUGCUGUCCCCUGCAAUACCCCAUCCUCCUGAAGAAGAGCGUCUGCCUGAGCCUGGCAGCUGGGGUAUGGAUUAGUGCCCCUGUAAAUGCCUUGAUUCACGCAGUUUAUACAAUGCAUCUGCCCUACUGUGGCUCAAAAGAGAUUAAACACAUAUUCUGCGAGGUCCCCGCCCUGCUGAAAUUAGCCUGCUCUGACACAUCCACCUAUAAGACUCUGGUGUUCGUGAGCGGCAUUGUUGUCCUUCUCAUCCCUCCUUCUGUCAUAAUCAUCUCGUAUGCUCGCAUCCUCUCUACGGUCCUGGGAAUGAAGUCAACCAAAGGACAGCAGAAAGCUCUGGCCACUUGUUCGUCACACCUGACUGUGGUGGGCAUGUUCUAUGGGGCUGCCAUCUUCAUGUACAUGAGACCCAAUGCUUACCACUCAUCAGAGCAAGAUAUGAUUGCUUCUCUCUUGUAUACGGUUGUCACUCCAAUGCUGAAUCCUCUCAUCUACAGCCUGAGAAACAGGGAUGUCUUAGGAGCCCUUAGAAAACUGGUUGGGAAAUACAGUCAUCCAACAAAACCAACAGGAACUGUGACUUAUCCUUAG